UUGCGCACCGUCAAUUUGGAGAGAUAGAGGUUACAGAGACGCCAUUAUGGCCGAGGCAGACCGACCAGGGAAACUCUUCAUCGGUGGCCUAAAUACUGAGACUAACGAGAAGGCCCUUGAACAGUAUUUCAGCAAAUAUGGCAGAAUAGUGGAAGUGCUGUUGAUGAAAGAUCGCGAAACGAACAAAUCGAGAGGCUUUGCUUUCGUUACUUUUGAGAGCCCAGCUGACGCGAAGGAUGCUGUGCGGGAAAUGAAUGGAAAGUCCCUCGAUGGUAAACCGAUAAAGGUAGAGCAAGCCACAAAGCCCCAGUUUGAAUCGGGAGGCCGUCGGGGCCCGCCGACCCUGCACCCCCGGAGCCGCGGACUGCCAAGAGGACCCAGAGGAUCGAGAGGAGGACCAACUGGUAUGAGAGGCCCGCCAACCAGAGGGAUUGUAGAUCCCUUUUUCAAAGGCAUGUCAUCCAGAGGUCCACCCCCGAUGAAGAGGGGACCCCCAAUUCGCAAUGGAGGACCCCCUCCCAAGCGAUCUGCACCGUCAGGACCGAUGGGGAGACCUCCCAUGUCCAGGGAAAGGGACCCCUAUGGCCCCCCGCCUCCCCGCAGAGACCCCAUGAUGUCAAGGAGAGAUGACUACCCGUCACCACGUGACGACCAGUACAGCACAAAAGACAGCUAUUCCAGUCGUGAUUACAUGAGUUCCAGGGACACGCGAGACUACGCACCACCCCCACGGGACUACGCUUAUCGUGACUAUCCGCACUCCAGUUCCCGGGACGACUACGGCUCAAUGUCGCGGGGCUACAGCGAUCGUGACAGCUAUGGAGGAGGCCGUGAGCCGAGGGGCUACAUGGAUCGCCCCAGCGCAGGCUCCUAUAGGGAUCCCUAUGAUGGUUACGGUAACUCGCGCAGCGCCCCGCCCUCAAGGGGUCCCCCUCCAUCCUACGGUGGGAGUGGCGGAAGCAGUCGCUAUGACGACUAUGGCAGCAGCUCCCGGGACGGAUAUGGCAGUCGCGACAGUUACCCCAGCAGUCGGAGCGACCCGUACUCCGCUAGCCGCGGGGAGCGAUUGGGCAGACAGGAGCGGGGGCCCGCACCCCCGAUCGAGAGAGGCUACCCUCCUCGUGACGCAUACAGCAGCUCUAGCCGUGGGGCACCCCGCGGUGGUGGCCGUGGGGGCAGUCGGGUUGAUCGAGGGAUCGCCCGCAGCAGAUACUGAAAACCAGGCUUUGAAAAGGAAAAACGUCAAGGAGGCUCACGAACUUAGCGCAUUAUUAUUUUUAUUUUUUUU